AAGACUCUUCAUAGUUGAUGAGUGGAAAAAAAGUUCUUUUCCUAUCCGACUGCGACAAUGUUGUAGAACGAUUGUCGCAAUAACUACCGAUCACCGACUGUCGACAAACGACUAGCGUCAUCCGACAGCGACAUACGACUUAUUGUAGAACAGGCUGAAAGCCAAUCCGUGGAUGCCGCAUGUGGAUUGUACCGUGCGAGUAUUACCUAACCUACCUACAGCACGCGUGACGUGUACUGUAGUAGCUCCGAUGCGCGCAUCAUACGCGUGAAACCGACAUUCGCGAUCAGAGCAGAAUGACACGCACGCGCGAAGUCAGCAAGAUGGCGGUUCUCGCGUUGCCGUCGGAGGAGUGAGAAGGCGUCGUCGGUUCUCCCGUUCCGCGGGUGUUUCCAUCCGCUGCUUGUAUGACUCGCGCGUCAGGGAAGUGAUUACGGCGUAGUAUGUCCUCGUACACGUUCUCGCAGAAGCUGUUCACGCCGACGCCGCCGGAGCGCGGCAGUUUUCCGCUCGAUCAUGAAGCCCGUUGCAAGAGCAGUAUGAUCAAGUACAUGCGCUGCCUAGUCGAGAAUCGCAAUCAGAAUACGAUGUGCCGCGACGUCGCCAAGGAGUAUUUCGCCUGUCGGAUGGAUAACAAUCUGAUGUCGCGCGAGGAAUGGUCCAAUCUCGGUUACGCCGAUACGAUCAAAGAGACAUAACGCUGAGAUCGUCUUUAAG